AUGCCUAAGGCAAAGAAAGCACGAAUUGCAGCCGCACAAGGUGACGGUGGUGAUGCGAAAAGAAAAGCCAACGACAACAAGAAGUCCAAGAUGAACACAUUUCCUCGACUAUCGACGAAUGCCAAUAACAAUAAUAAUACCAAGAAAAAUAACAACAAUAACGGUAAUCUACAAAAGAACCAGAGACCAACUGUCCCGUUUGGGAGGAAUGAUCGAGUUUUGUUAAUUGGGGAGGGCGACUUCUCAUUUGCUCGUUCACUCGUCGUCCAGCACCGGUGUCGCAAUGUACUUGCGACGUGCUAUGAUUCUGAAGAUGAGCUGCGCGGGAAGUAUCCCCAGGUAGAGGAGACUAUCCAGGAAAUCCAGAAUGCUUUUCUGAAGAAAGACAAGAAGCGCAAGACAGAUGGUGAUGAAAAUGGUGAACAUGGUGGUCAGCCAAGGACAUCAGACGAGAAAGAUGAUGCAAAUGACGAGCAAGACGACAAGCAAAAAGACACAGAAAAACCGCAAACCAAAAGCAAAAACAACCCCAAAGUCCUCUUCUCAGUCGACGCCCGAAAACUCGGCCACGCCUCUGCUGGAGGAGGAAAAGACGUCAGAAUAGGUUUCCCACGACCACAGCAGCGCAAACGCCCUACGUGGUUGGAGGCUCGUCGUGCUGCCCAUAACGCUAAGAAAAAGAAUGACACCGGGAGCAAAGGCGAAGGGGGACCGUGGGAUAUCAUCUGUUUCAACUUCCCGCAUGUGGGUGGGUUAUCGACGGAUGUGAACCGGCAGGUGCGGUUUAAUCAGGAAUUGCUUGUUGCGUUUUUCAAGACUUGUGUGCCGCUUUUGUCGAGGCCGGUUUAUGAUCAUGAUGUGGGUGAUAAUGAUGAUGAAUUCGAAGAUGAAGAUAAUUGGGGGGAGUCGAGUGAUGACCCUGAUGGAUCUGAUGGGGACGGUAGUGGAAAGGAAAAGAGCAAACCCCGGGCAGAACCGGGACAAAUAUUGGUUACUCUAUUCGAAGGGGAACCAUAUACCCUAUGGAACAUCAAGGAUCUUGCUCGACACGCUGGUCUGAAGGUGGUCACCAGCUUCAGAUUUCCCUGGGCUUCAUACCAAGGUUACUCGCAUGCGCGGACUCUGGGACACAUUGAAGGGAAACAGGGUGGACGGGGUGGAUGGAGAGGCGAAAAUAGAGAUGCUAGGAUGUAUGUCUUUGAGCUUAAAGACGACCACGCAACGUCUCAGUCCAAGACAAAUGCUGGCGCAACAAAGAAGAAGAGGUCAAGAAACGAAUCGGACAGCGAUGAUAGUGAUUAG